AUGAAGGUGCGUGUAGUUCACCAGAGUAGUCAAAGCCUCACUUGCUUGCUUGAAUUGCCGAACAAAGACCCCUUCUACUACACUGCUGUGUAUGCUUCCAAUCUCUGUGCAAACCGGGCUGACCUUUGGGCUGAACUCAUAUAUCUAUCAGACUUCUAUGAUCUCCAAAACAAUCAGUGGUUUGUUGGUGGCGAUUUCAAUCAAAUAUUGCAGCCCUCAGAACAUUCUUCCCCUACUGUCUCUGUUCCCAAUUCCUUGAUGUACCAGUUCCAGGACUGUAUACUCCAAGCUGGCCUAUUUGAUCUGAGAUACAAUGGUCCUUCUCUCACAUGGACCAACAAUCAGCCAGACUCGCCAAUAGCAAAAAAACUGGAUAGACAGCUCAUAAACUAUAAUACCCUAUCAGCUUUCCCUCAUGCCUCUGUCACAUUUCUCCCCCCAUCCAUCUCUGAUCACACCCCUUGCCUCCUAGACCUCGCUGUCCAUCUAUCUAAAGCGGGAACCCAGCCUUUCAAAUUCCAAAACUACCUAACUAAGCAUCCAAACUUCACCAUGGUGAUAAACGACGCUUGGGCUCGGGCUGGAAGCAACUGCUGGACUCUCACUCAACUCUGCUGGAAGCUAAAACUCAUUAAAUCAGAUUUGAAACUUCUAAACCGAGAGAACUUUUCAAAAAUUCAAGAGAAAGUCAAGGAAACUUACUGUUUAUUGCAAACUGUGCAGGAAGGAGACCUGAACACUACUUACUUUCACAGAAUUUGUCAGGUCAGAGCAAGCUACAAUGCAAUUCGUCUCUUCACUACUGCUGCCGGAACCCGAGUAAUUGAUCCUACUGAGAUGAGCCAGCUAGCUGUUGCUCACUUCCAGUCAGUUCUGGGACCCCUAGCCUCCUGCUCCCCACCGAUUGCAUCAAUGGCGUCAUGGUUCUUUGGUCUCUUUGAUUAUCGAGUCUCUCCUGCGCAAGCACAACAAAUGUUAAUUAUCCCAUCAAAUGUGGAGAUAUAG